GCGCCGCGAGCUCGUCCGGGCGAUGUGGCUGGAGGUGGGGGGCCUCCUGCGGGGGACCUGUGGACAGCUGGGCCGGACUGUUGGUCUGCCUUAUGGGGCCCUGGGGUCUGGGCCGCGCUGGUGGGGGCCGUGUAAGGGUUCUUGGGCCCAACAGCUUCAUCAGGGCGGGUCUGGCCGAGGCCUGAGUGAGGAGGACAUUUGCAAGGCCCGGGAGGCCCGGCUCCGGAAGACACCUCGGCCCCAGCUGAGUGACCGCUCUCGAGAACGCAAGGUGCCUGCCUCCCGCAUCAGCCGCUUGGCUAACUUUGGGGGACUGGCUGUGGGCUUGGGGCUGGGAGCGCUGGCUGAGAUGGUCAAGAAGUCCCUGCCAGGAGGAUAUCUACAGUCCGAGGGCAGCUCCCAGCCUGGCUCCAGCCCUUUCUUGUCGGAGGCUAAUGCUGAGCGGAUUGUUCAGACCUUGUGUACAGUUCGGGGGGCCGCUCUCAAGAUUGGCCAAAUGCUCAGCAUCCAGGACAACAGCUUCAUCAGCCCCCAGCUUCAGCGCAUCUUUGAGCGGGUCCGCCAGAGUGCUGACUUCAUGCCCCGCUGGCAGAUGCUGAGAGUUCUCGAAGAGGAGCUCGGAAGGGACUGGCAGGCCAAGGUGGCCUCUUUCGAGGAGGUGCCCUUUGCCGCCGCCUCAAUUGGACAGGUGCACCAGGGAAUGCUGAGGGAUGGGACAGAGGUGGCCGUGAAGAUCCAGUACCCAGGCGUUGCCCAGAGCAUCCAAAGUGAUGUCCAGAACCUGCUGGCGGUGCUCAAGAUGAGCGUGGCUCUGCCCGAGGGCCUGUUUGCAGAGCAGAGCCUGCAGGCCUUGCAGCAGGAGCUGGCUUGGGAGUGUGACUACCGUCGCGAAGCAGCUUGUGCCCAGAACUUCAGGCAGCUGUUGGCAGAUGACCCAUUCUUCCGGGUGCCAGCAGUGAUUGAGGAUCUCUGCACUACACGGGUGCUGGGCAUGGAGCUGGCUGGAGGGGUCCCCCUGGACCAGUGCCAGAGCCUGAGCCAGGACAUCCGAAACCAGAUCUGCUUCCAGCUCCUGAGGCUGUGUCUGCGGGAGCUGUUUGAGUUCCGAUUCAUGCAAACGGACCCCAACUGGGCCAACUUCCUGUAUGAUGCCUCCAGCCACCAGGUGACCCUGCUGGACUUUGGUGCAAGCCGGGGAUUUGGGACUGAAUUCACAGACAAUUACAUUGAGGUAGUGAUGGCUGCAGCCAAUGGAGACAGAGCCCGGGUCCUACAGAAAUCCCAGGACCUCAAGUUCCUCACAGGCUUUGAAACCAAGGCAUUCUCCGAUGCCCAUGUGGAGGCUGUGAUGAUCCUGGGAGAGCCCUUUGCCACCCAGGGCCCAUAUGACUUUGGGGCCGGGGACACUGCCCGCCGUGUGCAGGGCCUCAUCCCGGUGCUGCUGCAGCACCGGCUCCGCCCACCGCCGGAGGAGACCUAUGCCCUGCACCGCAAGCUGGCGGGGGCUUUCCUGGCCUGUGCCCGUCUGCGUGCCCGUAUCAACUGCCAGGACCUCUUCCAGGACACCUACCAGCGCUACUGGGCCAGUCGCCUCUCAGCCACUGCCCGAAGCCUCCUGACCAGAGGGGCGGUCUGGUCAGACCACUCAGACAGCUUCCCGCUGGGGAGUCCAGCCAGUAGAGGGCCGUCCUCCCUGAGAUGCCUCCUUCCCACGCUGCUCUGGUCUGGGGGCCCCACCCAGGCUUCCCAGUCUUGCCUAGCACCCUUCCUUGGGGACUGGGGAACCCUGGGGCUAGGGAACUCCCCAUUUCACACUCCCAUAUCCUGCUCUCCCCGCUCCACAGCGGGCAUCCGGGAACUCUACUCCAGGGAUUGAUUUAUUUCUGCCAACAUUUGAGAGAGCUUCAGGCUCUCUGCAUGCCAAAGUGGAGAUGCAGAAGCAUUUAGAGGGGAGCCCUUCGCCGGUGCCUCAGGUCUCCCACAGAUCUGGCCAAUGAGAGGGGAGGGGUGGUGGUUGGUGGAGGCAGCCUCCCUCACCCCUUCACCAGCUGCCUUCUCCCUGCCCAUCCUCUCUGUGUUGGGGAGGGGUUGGGGGUGUUUGAACCUUCAGUCUGAAUAAAAGCGAACCUCCCCUUGU